AUGGACUAUUACCCCGAUCAACUCAUGAUCCCGGUCUCCCGUGGCGCCAGGAACCUAGCUGCGCAAUACGGCCUCCACCAAGGCCAAGCAGGAUACACAACACAACAGUUGAACGGCUCAACCCAUGCAGGCUACCCGCCCAUCCACGUCCACGCCGGCGCCACCUUCAACGCCACCAUCCACAUGAACGUCUACCCCAACUCCUCCUCCUCCUCCUCCUCCUCCUCCUCCCCCCACUGCGGCCCCGACAACCACCCCAUCAUCUUCCCCCGCAUCGACGACGACGACAACCACCACCGCCACCAUCACACCGUCACCAUCGACUCCAACACCCAAUGCCGCCACUGCGACCACCGCUUCGACGCGCCCUACCUGCUGACCGCGCACAAGAGCCGCAACAGCCUGCACUGCGCCUGCUGCCGGCAAUGCUUCGCCAGCUGGACCGACCACCUCGAGCGGAGCGGCUGCAGCGGCCGAAACUACUACCCCAACGACGAGGACUACUGGCUGACGCGCCAGCACAAUCGCGGUAGCGGUAGGGUCAUUGGGGAGUUGGACGAGUUGGAUCUGAUGCGGGGCGGAGGAGGCUGGCACGAGGAUGAGGCCGUCAACUACGGGCCGGAUGGCGGCAGUUGGGUCUUCGAGAGGCGGAGUAGGAUGAGGCGGAGGAGAAGGAGGUCUAGGGGAAGGUAUGGCGCUACGCUCCGACAGUUUCUGAUUUGA